AUGCACAAUGCUUAUUGUGCCAAGGUCUGUGCAGAUGAAGACGAUCUCAAUAGGCCAACACAAAGACUAACUUUGGUACAAGCCAAAAUAAGAAAGGAUCGAAACGACAACGCCAGAAGAGAUCAUCCAACCCCACGACCUAACAGAGAACGACAUCAACCAUAUGCCAGGGAGGCCAUUGCGCCCUAUCCCCGCUACGAAGAGGGUCCAUCCAGACCAAGGAUAGGAACUCGAAACGACCGAGAGAUGGUCUACGCUAUGGAGAAACUCAGACCGGAAGUGAAGUGGUCGCCAAAGAUGAGAUCGGACUCAAACACAAGAAAGUCCGACGCCCUCUGCGAGUUCCACCAGGAACGAGGACACAAAACUGAGGAUUGCAUCACCCUUAGGCAAGAAGUCGUAAACAUGUUACGACAAGGUCACCUCAAAGAGCUGCUGAGCGAUAGGCGAAGAACCAACUUCGCCAGCGGAUGCGAACAUCACGGACCACCAAAACCACCCUCACCAGCUCGAACCAUUAACAUGAUCAUCAGUGGCAGUGAUGACAUUUCCAUCAAUAACAUGAAGUUCAGCACCACCCACAAACUCAAGCGAUCAAUCACCCACGAGUGGUACAACGAACCCGAAGAAAGUAUUAUCUUUGAUAAGUCAGACGCCGAUAGUUUGACCUUUGCUCAUAGUGAUGCCCUCAUUAUUAUUUUACGUAUUUUGGAUACUGAUGUUAAAUGCAUUAUGACAGAUGAUGGGAGCGGCGCAUGCAUUAUCCAUCCAUGA